AUGGAAUUAAAAUAUAAUUUAAGCUUCUCAAGCACAGUUAAGGAAGAACGUUCCUCCGCAAUCCCACCAAUUCUCAAACUCUGCACUGCCCUACGUUUCUUGGCAGAAGGAAGUUACCAAAAGUGCAGUGGUAAUGAUUUUAAUUUAGGCCUUGCUCAGCCAACAGUUUCGGUAGUGUUAAAAGAAGUGCUAGACGUGGUAGAAGAACGUAUCUGUCCACAAUGGAUUAAGGCUCGUAUGACAAAUGAUGAGAUGAAUUUAUCAAAAAUUCAUUUUUACCAGAAAACCAGAUUUCCUGGAGUAAUAGGAUGCAUCGAUGGAACUCAUGUUCAAAUCAUAGCACCAAAAAAGAAUCUUCAACAUCUCUAUUUAAAUAGAAAAGGUUACUACAGUCUGAAUGUCAUGAUUGUUUGUGACUUCAAAAUGAAUGUGCGUUUCGUAGAUUCCAGAUAUUCCAGUGCUAAUCACGAUUCAUUCGUUUACAAUUUAAGUGAAUAUAAGGAAAUGUUAAAUGAAUUGGAUGAGAACACUUUUAUUUUGGGAGAUCCUGGAUAUCCUUUAGAGAAACAUCUAAUGACUCCAUUUUGA